UUUAUAUUAUUCAUUUGUAAAUGAUUGCAGUGUGCAAAUAAUUUCAAAAAAGACCUUCGCAAUACAAAUGUUACCAAAAUCUUCAUCACAUAUUUGUGUAAUGUUUGGAAUUGGUUACGGUUACAUCCUUCAGCGAAGUCACCUCCCUUCUUCAAUAAAUAUUAGUUUUUUUCUUCUUUUUUUAAUAAUCCACGCAAUUCGUCCAAUUAGCUUGCUUUAUAAUAUUGGUCAAGUUGGAAUAUUUAUAUAAAUAAAAUAAUAUAUUCUUAAACGUGGUGGGUUAACCCACUAUGCUUACCUAUGAAACUCACUUUUGACCUCCGAAAAGUCUAUAGACAACAGAGAUCUUAUGGAAAGAGGAGCAGAAGAAAAGACAGUGGCAUUGAGAUACUUUAGCAAAGAUGUUGUGCCGUUUGCUGCGAUGGUCUCAGUGGAGUGUGUCAUGGUUGGAGCUAACACACUGUUCAAGGCCGCGACCUUGAGAGGAUUGAGCUUCUAUGUCUAUAUCUUCUACUCUUAUGUUGUUGCUACAAUUGUCCUUCUUCCACUUUCCCUCAUCUUUGGAAGGUCAAGAAGACUACCUUCAGCCAAAUUUCCUGUCUUCGUCAAGAUAUUCUUUCUUGCGGUUCUCGGGCUCAUGUCGGGGUUAGUUGGAUUGAAAGGAGUGGAAUAUAGUUCUCCUACUCUUUCCUCUGCUAUCAGCAACCUCACCCCAGCUUUUACCUUCACCCUCGCCAUUAUCUUCAGAAUGGAACAAGUAAGGUUAAGUAGCUCUGCGACUCAGGCGAAAAUCAUUGGCACGUUAGUAUCCAUAUCUGGUGCUCUGGUUGUUGUGCUCUAUAAAGGCCCUAAAGUUCUCACUGCUGCAUCUUCGCCAUCUACCAUUUCGCUUGACCAGCAUUUGACUUCCUCCAAUUCAAGUUGGAUGAUCGGAGGCCUUUUGCUUGCUUCACAGUAUUUUUUUAUAUCAGUCUGGUAUAUUCUUCAGACUCAGGUCAUGGCGGUAUACCCUGAACAAAUAACAGUAAUCUUCUUCUACAACUUAUUUGCGACGCUAAUCUCAGCACCAGUGUGUUUCUUUGCGGAAAGCAACUUGACUUCUUGGGUGGUUAAACCAGAUAUUUCCCUGGCUGCAAUUGUAUACUCGGGAGUCUUGCUUUCAUCAUUUGGCUUAGCUAUACACACAUGGGGUCUGCAUCUGAAGGGUCCAGUCUAUAUAUCCCUGUUCAAGCCAUUGUCUAUAGUCAUUGCAGUCAUCUUGGGUGCUAUAUUCCUCGGUGAUGCACUUUACCUUGGGAGUGUCAUCGGGUCUGUGAUUUUGAGCUUAGGAUUCUACACUGUGAUUUGGGGAAAAGCAAGAGAGGAUGCUAGCAAAACUGUGACUGGUUCUGAACAGUCACCUUUGUUGCUUACACACGUCGUAGAAGAUGAAGCCUUGUCAUUAAGCUAAGAUUGUUGCAAGUGAAAUCAUUAUACUGUUCGUUUAUCAAUAACGAUCCUUUACAAUAUGAUCAUUGUUUAUGUUUAUAUGUCUCUAUUUUACCUACAGUAUAAGAUGUUUCUGUUAUUUUUUUUUCUAGUAUUGUUUGGAGGUUAUAUAAGAAUUUGAGUCAAAAAAAUCUUCUGUUUAAUGUU